AUGGCGCCAAAGUCAAUGAGGCCAGCACGACCCACCAAGGUAACCAAUUUCGAGCCGGUGGAACUAAAUGGGAAGAAUUGGGCGAAGUUAGAAGAUCAUGAGGCCCAGUUGGCAGCAUAUCUCGGAUUUCAGAAUACCUCGGACCUUCGAGAAUUCGCUAUCUCAUGGCCAACCUUGCUUGCCGAAAAGUACUUCGCACCAGCAGCUCAAAGGAUGACAAAAGCUGGUGCUUUCAAAUUUUUAUCCAACCCGGGAUUGAGAAGCGAAAUUGUGGCCGUGGCCGUGGACUCAUCUCCUGACUUGGUAUGGCCUUGGCACUCAGGAGAUCCUCAAUACCACAAAACCAUCCAGAAACGGAAAAUAGUGGCUUGGACUUUGUGGAAUAUGGUAUUGAACGUCAAGCAAUACAAGAAUACAAGAUUUGCGGAGAAUCUGUCCCGAACGCAAAUUGAACAGGCAGAGUUUUUGAAACGCCAUGCAUCUAACAGACUCGGCCGUACCUUAUCCUUCCCAGAAACCAUGGACAACUUCCCAUGCCCUGAGCUUGGUCCCUUGACUGAUAAGGGGGAGAACGAACUUGAAAGUUACAAUCGUUGCUGGGAAGUCCUCCGAUAUCUUGGCAGUGGGUUUCAUAAGGGGAACUGGAAGCGUCGGUUUGCAAACGUGGGGGUUAUGAAAAGUGGCCGCAUUGUGGACGAUUCACACGCCCCAUCGUGGAUGCAGACCGUCACAGAGAGUGCACUCCCUGACCAAUCCCGACCCAUUGAGCUCGAGAUAGUCUGGGUGCACAACGAAAAAGUUGCGAUGUACCACGAAACGACCCUUGCUAUUGAGCAAGCUGAGAGCAGACACGUGGCUGUGCCAAGCUCACAAUUCACAUUUCCCUGGGACCCUCGUGUUUUCCCGGAUGUCCAGCAGUUCCGUGACAAUAUUCGACGUUGCCUAAAUUGCGAAGCAUUAGGUUUAGAUUUGCAGAGCAUUCGGGUCCACUGUUAUGAUGAAGACGAAGAUAGCCACGAAGAAGCGGACGCUUUCACCCAGGAUUGGACGGAGUUAAAAGCUUUCUUUAACAAUUCUCAAUAUUCGAAUUUUGUUCUUGCGGUUUGCCUGGAGCCUUUCGACACCGAUGAUCUAAUGUUCUCUAUUUAUGAGGAUGGCGGUGUUCCCAUCGACCCGCUCCUGUACCUUGCCACCCCGAAUUCUGAAACUAGUAUCGAAAGCGAAACUGCCGAUGAACAACAAGCGGGUAACUAG